ACAUCAUCAGCCGAUAGAACUAACCAACAAAAACUAUCAAAAGAAAAAAAAAAAAAUCAAAGCUUUCUCUCAAACUUUACCACGAAAACAACUCCAUUAUAAGCCCCUCUCUCUCUCUGUUUCUCCUUCUGCCCUCCCUCGGAGAUCCAACUCGGAAAAAGUUCACUUUUUUAUAUCCCCUUCCGGUUCUCCUCCUCCAUCUUCUCUCUCUUUUUAUCAUUCUCCAUCUCUCCGCACUGUCCGCUUGCUGUUCGCCGGAAUUCCUCUUGGAAACCACGGGCAAGCUUUGAUGACAUCGCCCUUGGAGCACGACUAUAUUGGCCUCUCGGAGAUCUCCUCCAUGGAGAGCUCCGACAAGCUCUCCUCUUCGUCCUCCUCCCUCUCCUCCGAGAACGACCCCAAGCUCGGAGCCCGCCCGCCGGCGCUCAAUCUUAAAGAGACCGAGCUCCGCCUGGGGCUCCCGGGGUCUCGGUCCCCCGAGAGGGAGGACGGCACCGGCCUGACCCUUGGACUCCCCAAAAGCCUCGUCUCCGGGGCGAAGAGGGGGUUCUCGGAUGCCAUUGACGGUUCCGGCGAUUGGAGGGUCUCAGGAGGGAGUGGAUCUGAGGUGGAAUUUGGGAAAGGCGGCAACUUGUUUUCGCCCAGGGGUGAAAACUGCGGGGGAAAGCAUUCGGGGCCGCCGGGCUCAGUGAAGGAUGUCAAUGGGACGGCGGCAGCGGCGGGUGAGGAAAAGAAGGCUCAGGCUUCGGGGGCUGGAGUCGCCCCUGCUGCGAAGGCACAGGUAGUGGGUUGGCCCCCAAUCCGUAGUUACCGGAAGAAUACAAUGGCAUCAAACCCAUCAAAGAACAAAGAAGAUACUGAAGGAAAACCAGGGACAGGUUGCCUUUAUGUCAAGGUUAGCAUGGAUGGUGCCCCAUAUCUCAGAAAAGUUGACCUCAAAACAUAUUCCAACUAUAAGGAGUUUUCAUCGGCAUUGGAGAAGAUGUUCAGCUGCUUUACCAUCGGCCAGUGUGGUUCACAUGGAAUACCCGGAAGAGAUGGACUAGGUGAGAGCCGGAUGAUGGAUCUUCUCCAAGGAUCUGAAUAUGUCCUUACAUAUGAAGACAAGGAUGGUGAUUGGAUGCUUGUUGGUGAUGUUCCAUGGAAUAUGUUCACCGACACGUGUAGGAGACUCAGGAUCAUGAAAGGCUCAGAAGCAACUGGAAUUGCCCCUAGAGCCAUGGAGAAGUGCAAGAGCCGGAGUUAGCUGCAUUUUCAUCCAACAGCUAAAACAAGUGAAACAAAUGUCUGGAAGGGCCCUUCUUGAAAGAUGUAAGGGUUCAUCCAUAGUGCUCCCUUUAUACCUUACGGCUUGUUACACAUGGUGUGGAACUUAUAUUUAACUUCCAACGGUUACCUAGGGACAUAAUGUUUAUUAGGUUGUGUCAGUCUUUUUAUCCUUGCCCUGUCAUUUUAAUACCUGUAGAUGAUUGGCUGGCUGUAACUGCCAUUGUUUGGCUUGCUGUAACUGCUAUGGUUUGGGCACCGCUCCGUGUGCUAAUGACAACUGCAGAUUUCUUCUUAUUUUCAUAGAUAAAAUUAUUGAGAUGCGAAUCUAUAUACCGUAUCCUAUAUAAAUCAGCUUUAUCUAUCUCCACC